AUGAUGAACAAGAGAGAUGAAAUCCAAGCACUGAUAGAAACUCACCAGCCUGCUGUGCUGGGCAUCACCGAAGUGAAACCAAAGAAUAAUCGCUUCACCAUUGAGGAGUGUGAGGUUGCCUACAAGGGCUAUGAGAUAUUUCAUAACUUGGGCAAACCAGGCAGAGGUAUAGCCCUAUAUGUGAAAAGUGACUUGAAGCCAUCAGUGUGUGAUUCUUUGGACAGUGAUUUCGCAGAGUCAGUAUUUGUCGAGUGCCGCCUUUCUGGCAAUGAACAGCUUCUCAUUGGACUAAUCUAUAGAAGCCCCAGCAGCACUGCGGACAACACAGCCAAACUCAAUAAACUCCUGCAGCAGGCAGCUGAUUUGAAACCCUCUCACCUUCUCAUUAUGGGUGACUUUAAUUUCCCGGAAUUGGACUGGAACACAGAGAAGAGUGAAGCAGGACCAGCGCACCCCGCCACUGUCUUUCUCAGAGCCACAAAAGACGCAUUUCUUCUGCAGCACCAGAAACUUCCCACACGGUACCGUGUAGGACAAAAAGCCAACGUACUUGACCUAGUCUUCACAAACCGAGAUGAUAUGAUCAAUGACGUCACCACUACAGCUGGGGUUGGGAAAAGUGACCACUUUUUGUUGAUCAUCAAUGUAAACUGUGAUUACGACGUCGCGCCCCGACAAGCUCGCUACAACUACAAGAAAACAGACUUCACAGUUUUGACCCAAGAACUGGAGAUGGUGGACUGGGUUACUGAGCUCACCGAGCUGUCGGUGAACGAUGUCUGGUUACGCAUCAAGGAACAUUUACAUGGAGCUGUUGAGAAGUCGACUCCUAAAUCAUCAACAUCGGGACGCAGAGGGAAGAGUUGGAUGGACACUAGCACACUGGCAUCAGUUCGCAAAAAGCACCAGCUGUUUAGAAGAUGGCUUCAGACUCGUGUUGGUGCCGACUACCAAGCCUACAUUAAGGCAAGAAACCAAGCAAGGAAAAAAUGUCGCACAGCGCAAAAGAAACAAGAAGAAAGUGUUGCCCGAGAAUCAAAAAGGAAUCCAAAGGCUUUUUGGGCAUUCGUGAAGUCAAAAACAAAGACACGUUCAGGAGUAGCAGACCUCAAGAAACCAGAUGGCACCAAAACUUCCAAUGACUUGGAGAAGGCAGAGCUACUUAACUCAUUUUUCCAAAGUGUUUUCACCAAGGUAGAUCCUGGCCCUCUCCCACCCCCUCCGUCUGUCCCCCAUGAACAAACACUGGAAAAUUUCGUCAUUGAAGAGGAAGACGUUCGCAAAGUGCUGGCAAACCUCAAAGUGGAUAAAGCCCCAGGCCCUGAUGGCAUAAGCCCGCUUGUUCUUGCAAAAGCUGCAAACAUUCUUGCCAAACCCAUCUGCCUUCUGUUUAGACAAUCUCUAGAGUCUGGCGAAAUACCGAAUGACUGGCGGCAAGCAGUAGUUUCACCUAUCUUUAAGAAAGGUAACAGAUCUGAUGCCAGCAACUAUCGGCUGGUUAGCCUGACCUCGAUACUGUGCAAGUGCAUGGAGAAACUGGUGCGAAACAGCGUGACCACACAUCUACUAGCCAACAACCUCAUUUGUAAAGAGCAGCAUGGCUUCGUCGCUGGCCGCUCAUGUACAACCCAACUGCUGGAGACUCUUGAUGAAUGGACUGAGAUUCUUGAUGAUGGAGGUAGCGUAGACGUCAUUUACACAGACUUUCAGAAAGCGUUUGACACCGUACCGCAUCGACGACUCCUUCUGAAACUUCAAGCGCUCGGUGUAAGUGGACGAAUACUUUCCUGGAUCAGUGCGUUCCUAAGUGAUCGCCGGCAGAGAGUAGUUAUCAAUGGCGUACCAUCAACUGAAGCAUCUGUGUGGAGCGGGAUCCCGCAAGGCAGCUGUCUCGGGCCGUUACUGUUCGUCGUCUUCAUCAACGAUCUGCCAGACAGCGUUAGCUCAUCAGUGAAAAUGUUUGCAGACGACACGAAGGUCUAUCAAAGAAGCGACAUAGCCGGCGCCACAGCUGAAAUACAGAAUGACAUCGACAAGCUCCAGCGGUGGUCUGACGACUGGCUUCUGAGGUUUCAUCCUCAAAAAUGCAGCGUACUCAAGCUUGGUGCCAAAAAAUCUGAUGCGAACUACUAUAUGAAGUCCAAGGAUGCCAACGGCGACGACUGCAUUCUUCAGCUGGCAGAAAGCGAGGCUGAGAAGGAUCUGGCCUGCAACUGUCACUUUAUCAUUGCUGGCAAGAUCAAUGUCACUGUCAGAAGGAAUAUUUGCAAAAGAAUCCCUGAGACAUGCAGACUGAUGUCCGGCAUCACAGGAACUGCUCAAGGAAGCGUCUAG